AGGGCGCGGCAAAAGGUCCGCGAGCUUGUCGUCCUGUGUCGAGAAAAAUUUCCCUAUGCCUCGCUCCGAUUCCCAGAGGUUGGUCUACUGACAUCGCCCGUGUUUCUCUCCGAAGCUGCUUUCCUGGAGCACCCUCUUGUUUUCUUCCCUUUUCCAGAAAUUCCCUAGCCCCGUUCAACAACAACAACAACAACACCACAAGCUUGGUUGAGAUUGAGACCGUUUCCAGCAACUGACCAUGCUCUCCAAUACUAGCCCUGACUUCGAGUUGAUUGUCCGCCAACAACCGGAGCAAGCACGGGUGGCCGGGGGCAAGGAGAAAGAGCGCAAGCCAGUUGAUCCGCCGCCUGUCAUUCAGCUCAAGGUCUCGCCGGAGAACAGCUAUCUUGCCCAGCACUACCUUCAGAGUCCCUACUAUUUCAUGUGUUGUAGCUUAUACCACGCCACCGAAGACCAUCCUGUUCAUUCCAGCCAGCCUUCUACUGCUUUGGCCGGCACUCUCGUCUCUUCAUUGCAUCGUUUGAAAGACACAGACAAUACUGAUGGGGGAUUUUUUGUUUUCGGAGACUUGUCCAUCAAGGUUGAAGGUGAAUUUCGACUGCAGUUCAGUCUUUUUGAGAUGCAAAAGGACAAUGUUGUAGCGUUGAAAUCGAUUGUUUCCAAUUCAUUUCCAGUCUUAUCGCCAAAGAAUUUCCCUGGAAUGAGGGAGUCCACUCAGCUUUCGAGAUCGUUUGCCGAUCAAGGGGUGAAGUUAAGGAUCCGCAAGGAAGCCCGAAACGCACAGAAACGCGGAGGCGCAAACAGACAUGAAGAAUUUGCUCCAAGUCUACCUCGCUCACCUGAUCGCGCGCAAAUGCCGCAAAUAGUCAGCAGUGGCUUUCCAGGAUACCCUCAACAUAGCUAUUAUCCUACGACGCCAGCGCCAAAGCGUAUGCGGACGUCGAUGGAGAUGGAUUCAAGAGCCGUGUUUGAACCCGAUGCGCGUUUUGCGCCUACUUAUCAGCCCGCGACAAUGUACUCGAAUCAGCCAGGGGCAUACCAAAACCCAAUAGGUUUUCCAUACACCGGACAAGCACCGCAACAUGUAACCAUGCCAGAGUACGGCGUUCGACAGCCGCAACCACUCGCGAGUACGGCCUCGUCAUACCCUACCUCGGAAGAUCCGAUGCUGGCCAUGAGAUCUUUCAACAAUACGGGGUAUAUCAACUCACAGAGAUAUCCUGCCUAGAUGCAGAGAGCAUUGAAAACGAAAUACAGUGUAUUCUAUAGUUAUGUCCUACGAAGAGAGCAUGGUGGCGUCUACCAUUCUUUUUGCUUGGAGUUCCGGUCAUUAUCCUUAUCUGAUUAGAGCACAUGGGAGGAAAUUGUGGUUGUAUGCACCUACUACUUGGUAGAGUGCAUGUUAUCGAUGUUCUAGUUUAUCAAAGUUAUAUCCAAGAUCUAGAAAUAUUAUUCCUCACGGAC